AUGCAGGCCGCUGCCCGCUUCUACGCAGCCGGUGGCGGAGGCCGUCAGGGUGCGGGCUGCUCGCCGUCGCCAGUUCUCGCGUCGCCCCCCUUGAGGGACCUCCGUCUUCUCACGCAGGAGUGGCCCAGCGUUGACGCCGCCUCCCCGCCGCUGCGUGAGAAGACGGAGAAGCCAACCACGGUGGGGCAUCUCUCGGUGGAGGCCAACUUCGCCGCCGGGGCGGAGCCACCCCGCACUUUAUAUUCUAACUGCAGCAAUCGUUGCGGAGGGCCAUCGACUACAAUAGCAGCCGCUUCUUCCGCUAGAGGAGGAAGCACGUCGAACCCAGCAUCGUGUGGGUUGAGGGAGAGCGAUCCUAAUAUACGCAAGAUGGAGGUGGUGUGUGGGGCAACGAUGGAUCGGGCCGCAGAACGAGACUGGGCGCGUAGCCUGCAGCGGUGUCUGUUGGAAACCGAGACUAAAGCACAGAAGUUCUGCGCCACGGCGAAAUUGCACGAGCAGGAAGCUCUUGCAGCUGCCGAAGAAGUCGUUCGCCUUCGUGAGGCGACAUCGUUGCAGGCAAAACGCAUUGAGGAACUUGAGCAACGCCUUGCCCAGGCCCAGCUUGCUGCCGCCGGUCCUGGCGAAGACUGUGUCGCGGAUCAAUCAGGGGUCUUAACAGCCAGUGUCGAAUCCCUAGAGGGGCUUUGCAUCGAUGACAUUAAACGGGUUGUUCACUGUGCGGCGGAGGCACUGCGGCGUAUUGAGGCUGAAUUUGAGGCGGAGCGGCGCCGGCGGUGCACCCUUGAGAAGGAAAAUAACUCCCUUCGACGUCAACUUCACUUCGCAUGUCAGGUGGGGGGUACAAUUCCCGACGGAGGCAUGACGCACUGGAGUGGAGAGAGACAGAAUUGUGCCAUGACAUCUGUGCAGGGUCCGCUGCAGCGUUUUAUUGCGGGGUCUGCGGAGCUGCAAGCGAGACUGGGGACAUCUCUCACGUGUCACACAUCCGCCCCGUCUUGA